AGAGUAAACAGGAGUUUCCCCAAACAGUCGUCAAUGACGACACAACGCUCGUUCCCUUAUCUCAGGGGCCCGAGGUUACGUUUCCUUACCAGUUUUCACAACUGUAAUCUUAUAAUAAUGAUUCAUUUGAGCUGCCGGGUCAGAAUUCACGGGAAAUGUGUGCCAUGUCUGUGAACUAUAACUAAAUAAAUAAACAAAAAGAAAGAACGAGUCAAAAGAAACUUAAGUUCUUCAAAACUCAAAUAAUACAAUUUCUUAGCAAAACGAUUCACUGUUUCGAAGCGCUCGGCGGCACCUGGUCAAAACAGCGUAAACAAAAACUCAGGCCAAAUAUGUGUAAUAUACACCAUAUUCAAACCAGUAGCAAAUGUUUUAAUGACAGUGUAAUCUAUUAAAAAUAACAAUAACAAUUAUUAAAUGCCAUUAAAUAUGAGGGUUCUGUAAAAUUAGUGUUGUUUUGUUAAAGUGUGGUGCUUGUUUUGUGUGUUAUUAGGCACGGGUAGAUAAAUUAGAAACAAUUAAUGAACACGCAUAAGCAUUAAAAUGAAUUAAAUAAACAUAAACUGUAUCUAAAUCAACCUUGUUCAGAGAAGAGCUUAAAAGCACAAGGUGAAAAUAACAGCCAGUAAUACAGACUGUAUUAACAUCAGACUGGCUUUACAGAGACGACUACAACCUAAACGACCUUUCUCUGUGAGGAACUUUAUAUACUGUAUUUAUAAAGAAUUGUUAUUGUACGUCAGUGAGAGAUGAAUGUACAAAUAUUAGUAAUGGUGAUAAAGCACAUUAAAAGUGAAACAAAGUGUGUGUGUGGUGGUAUGUGUGCAGGUUUAGCUAAAUUGACAAUGUAGGAAACCAGAAAAAUCCUUACUGUCCUUGUAACUCAAAUGACAGAUGAUUGAGGAAAAAUGUCCCAUUUAACCUUGAAUGAACCAUAUUUAAUGUUUUUUUUUACAUAAUGUGUAGUGUUUUUGGUAGAAAACAAUAGAAGUCAGUGGAAAUUCCCAUUGAAUAUUUUCUAUCACGUGCAUGAAGGUGCUGUGCUGACGUGAAGCAGUUUCUCUUUCUCUUCUGUUGUGAUCAUAAGAGAUAUGACUGCUUAAAAUUAAUAAACCGAAAGAGCUGAUAUGAGCAGAGAGACGAGGAGCUGACGGCCAGCGCUGAGACUGAAAGUGAGAUGGACGUGCGGAUCCCUGUGGAGCCGGAGCUCAGUGAGUCUGAGUCUGAGGAGGAGGUGGCCGGUCUCUCUGAGUCUGAGUUCACCUGUCACUGCUGCUACCAGGUUCUGGUGGACCCCACCACACUCACCUGUGGACACAGCUUCUGCAGACACUGUCUGGCCAACUGGUGGGCCUCCGCUCUGCCCAGGGUCCGCACCGACUGCCCAGAAUGCCGAGCGGUGUGGGUGGGCUUUCCCAAAGUCAACAUCCUGCUCCGGGAUGCGGUGGAGAAGCUGUUUCCCGCUGACGUGAGCCGACGGAAGAAGGCCAUCCUGAGCGAUCCGGGGUUCUGUCGUGUUCUCCAGGCUUUCCAGCAGCAGGAGACGAGACAGGCCCCUCGUGCAGCUCCGCCACAGAACCCACGGCCGAUCAACAUCGGAGAGUUUUACUCCGGAGUCGUGACGACACUGACCUUCAUGACUAUGCUGGUGUUAUUGUACCGUGCGUUCAGUACCGACUCCAGUCAUGAGGUGCUGCUCAGUAAACCGCUCAGCAGGUGGAGCACGGAUGAUGUCACUCUGUGGGUGGAGCAUCUGGGCAUCUGGACCAAUCAGUAUAAAGAGACCUUCCACAGAGAGAAGAUCAACGGCAGAUUACUGUUUGCUCUCAGUGAUGAAGAUCUGUCUGCGGCUCCGUUCAACAUCGAGAAUCAGUCUCACAGACAGAUCAUCCUGGAGGAGCUGCACAGACUCAAAGAAACCAGAGUCUCACUCGACCUCUGGCAGUACAAGGAUCUGUAUUUAGGGAAGACUCUGUUCCUGCUGAUCGCUCUGAGGAACGUCCCUCGUCUGACGCUGCUCUACAUGUUCCUGUUUGAUUAUGAAGACACGUUCCUGCCCUUCAUUCACACCAGCUGCCCGGCGACAGCAGACCGUCCACCGACACACCGCUGCUGUGAAGAGCGUCCGGGCUGGCUUCAGUGGGCGGAGUUUCUGCUGAUGUACUUCCUGCUGCCCUAUCAGCUGCUGUCUGCGGUCGCCUGGCAGUGGCUGAGCGUUCAUUACUGGACGGCAGGUUUCGUCAUCGCUCACGCCACGUUACUGACGGUGCUGGACGUGUGUUUCUACUGGACACUGUGGAAGAGAGGAGAGAUGAGGACGCUCCCUAAGAGGGUGUGGCUUCAGAUGUUUGCAGUGUUGUUCAACACGUCUCUGUUUGUGCUGCUGUGGCCAAUGAUGCCUCUGUUCUUCAUUAAUAUUGAGAUCUACACACAGCUGUAUUUGAACCCGUUUCUCACUGCAGUGCUGGUGAAACGAACACUCCUGCCCGCAGACACACAGCACAGGCCCUGACACACACAUUACACAUCUGACACACACUUUUAUCAUGUUUGUUAAGUGACUUGCACUGCAUUCAUGCCACACAUUUGAUCAGUUCAUGCAUUCUCUGGGAAUCGAACCUAUGACCUUGGCGUUGCGAGCGCUGUGAUCCACUGUUUGAGCCACAGGAACGCCACAAACACACUUCUGUGUCUUGGUCAUGCUGGGACUUUACACUCACAAUCACCUCUCUGCUUUCAUAUUAUAAUCAGGUUCAUAGUAUCGUCAGUGUCUGACGUGUGUGAAAAGAAGUAAUUUUAUAAAUUGAUUUCAUGACUGUAAUAACUGGAGGAUAUAUAAAGUAUAUAUUUAUU